AUGGCGGCUGGUCCGCCCCGUCAGCCAUUGGCAAUGGGCGGCGUCGGGGCCGGUGGUCAAUUAGGCGCAGAAUUGACAGAUUUCAUAUUUGUCCUGAGAACCGAUUCCGCAGUGAAGACAUUCAUGCAGUCGGGGAAUUUGACUCUUGGCGGGAAUCUAUCCAUGGCGGUCGGGCCCAUCGGUCGGAGUGCCGAGGCGGGGGGAGUAGUGGGCAUCAAGGGCGCAACUGGGGUAUUCGCCUACUCCAAGACCCGUGGAUUGCACAGCGGAGCUACCAUUGAAGGUGGUGUUCUAGCAGAGCGGGCAGAUGCAAACAAAAAGCUCUAUGGGCGGAAGAUUCGGGCAAAGGAGCUGCUGAGCGGAUUGAUUCCACCACCGCCUGAAGCGAGGGUCCUUCUUGAGGUUUUGAAUGGGGACUUCUUCCGUAUCGAAGGAGCUGUAGAACCAGCCUCGGAGGACCCCGAGCAAUUGCGCCAGCAAAAUACUGACACUGCUGUGCAAGAUCCCAAUGAGCAGUCACCGGGAAUUGUGGCGGUUGCUGCUAAUCCGUUAGCAGUUGUCGAGCCAAGUACAGAGCAAACACUCCGAACUGCGCCAACUACUGAGUUGGGUAUCGAGGAAGUAACUGGAGACGCUGUCUCAUCCGACAACACUACCGACGAUACACAUACGUCAAACUUACUAAAGCCUAUAUCUCUACUACUGAGCAUGUUUCGCCCGUGGAGCAGAGCACAAAAUCAGUACCGGAAGGCAUUGAACCGGCAGCUGGAGACACGCACAUCUCUCGUGAGCCUGAUGUUCCGUCUGACAGCAAAGAGACCACUCCCAGUAUGGCUCAAUGAGGAAGCAAAGUUCUGUUCGAAUUACGUUGUAUUGACCUUCUUCAAGAGUAGAUAG